AUUUAAUUGGGGUUUACGGGCCGCAAUGGUUCUGGUCUCCUCUGACUUGCAGGCGAGUCAAGGCAUAACAGCUGUAUCUUUUUUUCUUUCUGAGAUGUCUUAUGUUUCGGAGGUUGCGGAUUUGCAAAUAUCUAAGUACGCCAAUAUCGGUGGUCUCGCAAUACUCAUAUUUGAUUACUGUAUCACGUUUCAGGAUGAGGUACGCUGGACCUGGUCCAGGCCAUGGGGUUUGAUUCAUAUCGUAUUCAUCAUAUCUCGAUAUCUCCCUUUCGUAGGUUCUGGAUUAACUGCGUAUGCUGCACUGCGCGUCAGUGGUCCAUGUCCCCCUAGUCUGGAGGAAAAUGUUAUUCAUAUUUUAAGUAUCGUUGCUGCGGAAGGCCUGCUGGUUAUUCGCACCUGGGCAUUCUGGAAAAAGAGCAAAAAAUUGCUGAUUGGAUUGUUGAUUUAUAGCACCGCGACAGUCAUUGGCGCCGUUGCUAUGAAUAUCCUUCCUAAUCAUCAGUUGAUUUCGACAGAUGUAUCUAUGAUACCUGGGCCAUGUGGCUUUGAAUCGUCAAGAAAUUCUGCAUUGGUAUAUUCUAUAUUGGCACUUUUUGAGUGUGUGAUACUGAUCCUCACUGCAUAUAAGUGGUUCCAUGACUAUCGAGACUCUGAAAUUCAGACCUCGAUCGUAACCACCGUCUACGGCGGUAGCAUGCUUUACAUGUUUUGUAUCAUCUCCAUAACAGUGAUAAAUGUAAUUAUCGACGCAGCAUUUCCGGUUGGCUUUACGAAUAUGUUCGAUACGCUACAACUCGUCAUUCAUAGCGUCCUAGCUUCGCGAAUUCUAUUCCACCUUCGGAGUAGCGACAGUCAUGCUCAUGAGGAGGAUAUGUCAUUGAUGAUUUCAGCUCCACGUUAUGGACAACCUUCGCAAAUAGAGACGAACGAGAUACGAGAUGAAAGUCAUGAAGUUUGAGGGAGGGGGCUUAGUAGUUUGUGCUCGGACUUGGACAGGAUUGUGCUGAGAUUAACUUCCUUUAGUUGUAACUAUGAAUGCACAGUGAGUUUAUGAUGAGCCAUAGGAUCUCACUGCAGAAACCGGUACAUGAACAGGUUCUGAACAGACUUCAUAACGGAUUUUGUUGGCACGAUAUGAAGGCAUCAAGCUUCAGACGGGAUGAGACAUACGGAGUAUCAUAGGUAA